AUGCGCACCUUUGUGUAUCCCGCUUCUCUGGAUUCAACUGCUGCAACGUGGCAGUUGGAAGGAAGCAAUGCUACAUCAUUGUAUUCUGUGAAUCCCUUCAUAAAGUGUGCGGUGGUGGUACAUUACUUCCUUACUGCCCAGUACCUGUGGGCAGGAUGGACUCUCGGCCUGCUCCUUCCUGGCUGCCUCAUCCAGGCUCUCAGCUUUGUCUGGCUACACUCCGAUGGACAUCCACGAUGCCUCGCUCUGGGUCUGGUCCACAUCUUCCAGCUGGGCAUCUUAAAGAGGCAUGUAGAUUGUUUGCAUUUGGCUCUGUGCGGAAGACUUGAUGAGACAUGUCAAGCAAGGGAGCUGGUGAUAAGGCAAGGGGACCUGUCUCUUCUGCGGCUCAUAGAAGCUCUUCUUCAAGCUCUCCCCCAGUUAUUACUUCAGACUUACAUCUAUAUGACUCUGGAGAAGGCAGAUAUCUAUGCAGCUAGCUGUUCCCUGGCAUGCCUCUUGUCUGUGUCCUGGGCACUGGUCUCCUUCAGUCACUUCCUGUGCCUCCUGAGACCUGGGAACCUGUGUCUGCCGUGGGCAUCGGUUCUGUGCCAGCUCCUGUGGAGGAUGGGCAUGGUUGGGACCCGUGUGAUGGCCUUGGUAGUGUUUGCCAGAGUCUUUCAUUUCUGGGUGUUUGCUGUGGGAGGUGCUCACUGGCUGGUGAUGUCUUUCUGGCUGGUGGCUCAGCAGACUGAUGUUAUCAGCAGGCCGUGUUACUGGAGACUCUUCAAUAUCCUCCUCGGAGCUGUCUAUGUCUUCUGCUUUAUUAACGUCCGGGAUGGGCCCUCGCGGUAUCGUGUUGCUAUCUUUUAUGUGAUUAUGUUGCUGGAGAACUGCAUUCUGCUGCUGCUGGCCACGGAUUUCCUGCAGGGGGCAGUGUGGAGUAAUGUGAAGCUGUCUGUAGCUGUCAUGUCAGGAUUCCUGAUUGGUUGUGCUGCUUUAAUCAUUUACUACACACUCCUGCACCCAAAAUCCACAGAGAUUUCCCAAAGCUGUAAGAAAACUGGAACAAAUCGCACCAAACAAGACUCAACUAGUCCCCCUUCCAGAUGGUGGAGCCGAAGUUCCAAGAAGGCGACCAGUGACUUAUUUGGGAAAGAGGAACUGGGUCCAAAGGCUGAAAUCCUUGAAGGUGUUACAGGCGAUGAAGAUCUCCCCUGGAACAAGGUUGCUGAUAAGCGGCAUCACUUGCUUCUACUGAAACUCGCCAUGAAAACUGGAAACAUGUCAAAAAUCAACGCUGCCUUUGGCGAGGGUGGUUUUGGGGACCUCUUUGCAUUUGGAUGUGCACAAAAUGCCCAGCAACCAUUAAUUCAGAACUGUGCCUUAGCUAAUGAAAAAAACCCUGAAAAUGUUAAAACUAGUUCUUUAAAGUCUACCCCAUGGAUGUUAGACCCAGGACAGACAGACAAUGGGCAUGAUCAUAAGUACAUUCUACAUGAAUGUUCUGCUUAUGUUACACUUGAAAACUCCAAAACUGAAAACGUUGACCCAAAGAAUGUGCAAAACCAAAUGAAGGCGUGUGAAACGUUGGGGUACUGUGGGAAAUCCCCUGAUGUUUAUUCUGUUGGUUCUCCAGGCAAUGGAGCCCUUGGAAGCCCAACGCUGUACUUUAGCGCACACGCUGAAGGAAUGGUUCAACCUGGGAAGGAUUCGCACUUGGAUGUUCCAGAAAUUUGCAUGAAACCUCAGACUGAUAGCCCAAUAAAAAAGUUGCCAGAGAGUGAGACCGAGAAUAUUCAGGUUAUGUGUGUCAGUCCUAUUCUGAAUUUGCCCACCAACAGUAACUUCCACAGGAGCAUUGGAGAAGAUACGGGAAGUUUGUGCGAGGAGUCUGAUAUUUCCCAUGAUGAUUCUGGAGUUCCAGAAAUAGAGGAACCUAUGUCAAAACGAGGCUACCAUUUGCUACCAUCUGGCAUCCUUCCUUCAUCUGUAAGAGGAAGGCUUGUCCAGGAAGAGAAGCCUUGUUUCACCUCCACCCCCAAACCACAAGCCACCAAUGUGGAAUCGGAACCACGAGAGUCCACAAAGGCCAGACGGAGGCUAGAUCAGUUGACUGAGAGACUCUAGACCUAUGGAAGGUCUCCUAAGCUAUGAUAGAUGUGGUUCAUGGUCACAAUGCAGUACCCAUCU